AUGCCUUCAAAGACCGGCCUCGCCCUAUUCGGCCUAGCCGCCAGCGCCCUUGCUGAGCCCCAGGUGCUGCACAUGCCUCUGACCCGCAACCCCAAUGCCAAUCGCCUCGCCAAACGUAACGGCGAUGCUCUGGUCGACAUCACAAACGACCUGAGCGAAGGACUCUACUACGUGAAUGCCUCGGUCGGAACUCCCGGCCAGGAGAUUCAGUUGACCCUGGAUACCGGCAGCAGUGAUAUCUGGUUUUUUGGUGCCAACUCGUGCGAUGAGAACACGACUGAUUGCUUCGGAGGAACAUAUAACCCGUCGAAAUCUUCCAGCGUAACUGUCCUGAACCCCAAGGGCGCUUUCUCCAUCCAAUAUGGCACGGCAGGAUCCAAUGUCACCGGAAACUAUAUUACAGACGAUUUCAGCGUUGGCGCAGCCUCCGUAAAGAAUCUCACCAUGGCGUAUGCCACCUAUGCCGCCUACGUUCCGACCGGCGUCAUGGGAAUUGGUUUUGACACCAACGAAGCAAUCACCGAUGAAUACGGUAGCCCAUAUCCGAACUUUGUGGAUGUGUUGGUUUCGCAGAAUGUGACCAAAACCAAGGCGUACAGUCUAUGGUUGAACGACUUGGAUUCCAGUACUGGAAAUAUUCUCUUCGGAGGCUACGACACCAAGAAGUUCUCUGGCGAACUCUUGACCGUAGACAUCCAGCCUGACGAGAUGUCUGGCGAGAUCACAAGUAUGACGGUCGCAUGGACCUCGCUGAACGUUACAGCAAACUCCAAAACAACGCAAGUGACCAAGAGUGAUUUCACGUCGCCGGCCUUGCUGGACUCGGGUACCACGAUCACUAUUGUACCGGACGACAUCUACUAUGCACUAUUCGAGUAUUUCCAAGCGGAAUCUGACGGAGAAGGCGAUGCAAUUGUCAAGUGCAGCCUUCUCGAUUCGUCCGAUGGCACUCUUGAUUUCGGAUUUGGUGGAACCGGCGGUCCUGUAGUUAAAGUACCAUUCUCUGAGCUUGCGCUUCCUGCCACUGACACCAACGGCAACUGGUUGGCAUUCGAAGACGGCGAGCUGGCGUGUGUUCUCGGACUAGAGGGGACAGACGACGGCGAGAUGCCCGUCAUUUUCGGCGACACCUUCCUGCGGUCUGCCUAUGUUGUUUACGAUCUGACCAACAAGCAGAUUUCCCUUGCACAGACCGUCUUCAACGCCACGGACAGCAACAUCGUCGAAAUUAGCUCUUCGAGUCCCGUUGCAAGCGUUGUCACAGGCGUCACCGUCACCCAGACUGCUACCAACAACCCCCUCGGUCAAGCCACAGCCACGGCCGCAAGCUCCACUCCAACAGACUCCAGCGGCAGCAGCAUCAAUUCCAUCGGUGUUCUGAGUAGCAGCACUUCCACAGCAACAUCGGCGGCUUCUACUUCUAGUCAUGGAUCCGCUGCAUCGAUCCCUGCGCCUGUUCCGGGCUUGAUGACCAGUUUGCUGGUUGCUGGGGCUUCCAUGAUGUUUGGUAGUGUGUUUUUCAUGCUCCAUUAG